AUGUUGUCUAAGUCAGAUAUCGAAAAUAAUGCUGAUUCUGCAAAACGCAUAUCUUCUAGCUUAUCAAUGGGCGAGGUUAGUUACUACACCAAAGACACUCAGCCGGAGAAUAUCAAGUCCAACUCGCGGGAAGAAGUGACUUACAGAAAAGCGGCGAAGACAGCGAGCAGUUCCAAGUUUUUCGUCAGCGACACUUUCGACAGUUUGGACUACACUCCGAUCACCAACCAGUUGGAACUCGCGAGACAAAAGAUGCAAACAUUCGGUUCCCUCAUGGUAGAAGACAGUCUGCGCCUGUUUCUGUUCGUUGUCGCUGGAAUUGUCACAGCUGUCAUUUGUGUCUUCAUGGAGUUUUGCAUUCACUCGAUAGGACACUGGAAGUACGGGUGGUUCAACACAUACAUCAUGGACAGUUUUGAGACACAUCCGUACGAGCUUGUGUCAAUAACACUUGCAAGAUUCGUGUCAGUGUUGGUGCCAGUGAUGUUGGGGACGGCGCUGGUGGUGUUUAUAGCGCCGUACGCUGCGGGAGGAGGCGUGGCUCAUUGUAUUGCCUACCUCAAUGGAAUCAGAGUUCCCAAGAUCCUCAGUAUGCGGGGGUUGUUCGUGAAGCUGUUCAGUACGAUAUGCACGUGUGUCUCAGGUCUCGCGGGUGGUAAAGAAGGUCCGGCGAUGCACAUCGGUGCGAUCAUAGGAGGAAGUCUACCGUCUUGUCUGCCUUGGCUGCAGUUCAGGAGCGACCAGGAGAGGAGGGACCUCGCGGCCGCUGGGUUUGGCGCGGGGAUAGCUGUAGUCUUCGGCGCUCCUAUUGGGGGGAUGCUGCUGGCGCUGGAGGAGGGCGUCAGCUUCUGGGACAUCGGCCUCAUGUGGAAGAUGUACUUAUGCUGUAUCGUCUGCUACGCUGUGGGAAGCGUCGUCUACUCCAUCAUCCUUGGCGUGGACGUUAGACUGAACAACCCUGAACUAUCCACCUUGGGAGCGAUUUCCACUACCAUAACUAGAUACGAGUUGUUCGAGAUCAUACCUUUCUCUAUAGUCGCUAUUAUCGGAGGUCUUCUAGGAGCGUUACUAAUAAAGAUACACAUUUACGUGUACACGUGGCGUCAUAAGUUCAUCACCGACAAUAAAAGAAAACUUUUACUAUCAUUUGUUGCCUCCAUUAUAUUGACUUUGGUACAAGACGUGUCUAUAAGGUGUUUACGCCAUUGUUCCCCAAUGUCGGACGAAGAGAUGGGAAGACUCACGAAUGACACAGACACUAAGCGCGCUCACCAGUUGUAUUGCGGAGACGGUGAACAUAGCGACAUGUCCUUGAUGUUCCAACAGACUCAAGCGGAUAUCCUGCGGAGCUUUUUCGGUAAAGAGAUACUUGACACGAAUUCCCUGAUUUGGUUUUCGUUUGUUUAUUUCUUCCUACUGUGUAUGACUUGGGGGUUGUCAAUCUCGUAUGGUGUUUUCGUCCCACAAAUCAUAUUCGGCGCCGCCUGGGGUCGUUUGUUCGGGACUUUCCUCCAACAUAGUUUCCCUGACACUCAGUGGCCUCAUCCGGCCAAAUACUCGUAUAUCGGCGCUGCCGCCCAGCUCAGCGCUACCGUGGGGAAAACCUUCAGUGUGCUCAUGAUAAUGGUCGAAGCCUCAGGGAGCAUCAACUUCUCCUUCCCCCUGAUGGUGGUAGUCAUCAUCACCAAAGUAGUAGGAACUUUCUUCGUAGUUCCGAUCUACCAGACACAGAUGUUGCUGCAAGGUCUACCGUUUCUCUACACCAAACCACCACCAUUGAGUCUGGACAUCACCUCGUCUAACAUCAUGUCUCAAUCGGUAACAAAGCUGAUUCAACCCCCCACUGUGCAAGAGAUCCUUGAUGUCCUCAAGAUGACCAACCACAACGGCUACCCUGUGGUGGACCAACGCUCAAAUCUACUGGGUCUGAUACUUCGGCAGCAGUUGUUGGUCCUCUUGAUGUACAAGGCUUACAAGUUCCCUCCUCCGAAAACCAUGAGGGAGAUGUGCGAGUGUCUCCGGGUCUAUCUGAAGCACGCCAGGAAGCGUUUGAAUGACGGUGAGAUCUUGGACAGCGUACAGCCCAAGUACUACAACACCAAGGUAGACCUGACACCGUACUACGAUGCCUUCCCCUCCACAGUGACGGACAACACUCCAGCUGUCAAGGCAUACUGUGUGUUUCGCAACAUGGCUCUACGUCAUCUCAUAGUCAUCCAUGACAACGUGCCCGUGGGUGUCAUCACUAGGAAGGAUCUGGCAAAGUUCCACACAUUCGAAAACUUCUUCAGAUUGGGCGUGACGGAAAUGCUGGUCAAAUCUUAGCUGCCAAUUAAAUGUUUGAUUGAGGAUUUCAUGAUUUUUACCUAGUAGGUUUUGU